AUGAAGAUUGAAAAGAGAAUGAGAAAAGGCUGCAAAGUUAGCGAAAGAAGGGUCCAUUUUGAAAAGCACUGUGUAGUCGAUCUUCCCGUAGAAAGAACCCAAGAGACUUUACCGCAAGAAAGACGGAGAAAAGUACAUAAAAAGAAGCUACAAUGUACAAAAAAGCGAUCAUGCAUGGAAAAUUAA